CACCAAAUCUUUAUCUAUCUUGCUAGCUUUGCAGCUUAGGACUACUCAAGCUCUAAAUUCUAAAUCUAGAUUCUACAUCAAGAUUCUAGAUCUAGAAUCUAUAUCUCACUUGGCCACUAGAUCUAGUCAUAGUGGCACUAUUCCUACCAGAUUCUAGAAUCUAGCUACACUUAGUUAGAUCUCUGAGGGAUAAAUGUUUGGUGCAAGAAAAAUCUGCAGCUUCACUGUCAAUUUGAACCAAAACUUGAAACAUCACUUAAAUCAGAAAGCUACACUUCUCUGUCAAUCAAAUAUCUUUCAGCAGAAAAUGUCCUAUGUAAAUAAUGGAUUAAAUGCUGACAAAUUAGACAUAUCAGGAAUGAGAAAACCGUAUAGAGGAAAGCAUGACAUAUUUGAUGUCAGUGAUUUAGUCUCCAGAGAACCAUUUGAACAGUUCAAGUCAUGGUUUGAAGAAGCAAAGAACACUGAAGGCAUAAUGGAAGCUAAUGCUAUGUCAUUAGCUACCUCUACAAAAGAUGGUAAACCAUCUGUAAGAAUGGUGCUGAUGAAAGGCAUUGAUGAGAAAGGCAUAGUUUUUUAUACUAACUACCUUAGUCAAAAAGCUGUUGAACUGGAUGAAAACAAUGCAGCAGCCUUGCUGUUUUACUGGUGCUCACAUAGUGAAAGAUGUACUGUGAGUCGUCAGACUGAAAACCCACAUUGUAGCCUUCUGUUUUAUUGGGAUCUGUUAAUGAGGCAGGUGAGAAUUGAAGGGCUGGUAGAAAAGGUGACACAGGAGGAGGCAACUGACUAUUUCCACUCCCGGCCCAGAGAUAGCCAAAUAGGAGCCUGUGUUAGCCAGCAAAGUCAAGUCAUCCCAAAUAGGAAAAUUAUAGAAGAGAGAAAUUUAGAACUUCAGAUGAAAUACAGUGACAGUAACACUCCCAUUCCCAAACCAGAUUACUGGGGAGGCUACAGAGUUAUACCAAAUAGAUUUGAGUUUUGGCAGGGGCAGACGAACCGACUUCAUGAUCGAAUUGUGUUCCGCAGACCUUUAGAUGGUGAACAGUUAAAUCCAGAUGUUACACACGCCGGAGUGGAUGGUUGGGUGUAUGAGCGUCUGAUGCCAUAGGAUCUUGUGUCAUGUCAGAAGUUUGUGGUUGGGUGUAUGAGGGUCUGAUGCCAUAGGAUCUUGUGUCAUGUCAGAAGUUUGUGGUUGGGUGUAUGAGGGUCUGAUGCCAUAGGAUCUUGUGUCAGAAGUUUGUGGUUGGGUGUAUGAGGGUCUGAUGCCAUAGGAUCUUGUGUCAUGUCAGAAGUUUGUGGUUGGGUGUAUGAGGGUCUGAUGCCAUAGGAUCUUGUGUCAGAAGUUUGUGGUUGGGUGUAUGAGGGUCUGAUGCCAUAGGAUCUUGUGUCAUGUCAGAAGUUUGUGGUUGGGUGUAUGAGGGUCUGAUGCCAUAGGAUCUUGUGUCAUGUCAGAAGUUUGUGGUUGGGUGUAUGAGGGUCUGAUGCCAUAGGAUCUUGUGUCAUGUCAGAAGUUUGUGGUUGGGUGUA